AUGCCAUACAUUCACAGAUCCGCACUCGCAAUCGCACUCGUAAAUCAUACAUCCGUACUCCACAGAAAACAUCGUCACUAUAUCUCCUCUGCUUUGCGACCCAACCAACUUUCGGUAGAUGCAACAGAAUAGAUGGAUCGAACCAAAAAACACCACAGCCCCCUCGCUACCAAUAUUCCCCCUCCCCCCAACGUUACACGAGUCGGCAUACAGGCCAUCGGAGCCGGCACCGUCGUACGAACCUGUUUUCUCUUUAUUUUCCUUUCCGUUGUUUAUUUUCUUCCCCUGGUUAAUUUCGCGUGAGGCCUGCGCGCGCAGGCCUUCGACGGCACUUCUAGAAACAUACCGGGAUGGGAGAUCUAGUAGGCAAGCCUGUUUCUCUUCCUCUCUCCCUCCCUCUUUCUCCUGGACGAAAUCUGCUAAAACCCCUUGUCACUUUACUUUUUUUGCCUACACAGUAUUACCACAAAACAACACCCUGGCUUUCGAUGAACUCCUUGAAGGGCCCCUGGGCGUAUUCAGAGCCGCGGAAGGUGAACGCAAGGGAAUGUAUUGUAGACAUGACAUGGCAUGGAUGCGAAUGUUUGUGGAGCGAUUUAUUCCAUCCUGGGUGGCAACAAGGGACCUUGUAACUAUGCAUACCUGUGUAUGCAUAUAACUACCUAACAAGCAAGCUAUGCGAACCUCGCACUCGCAAGAAGCAACGCGAGCCUCGAAUUGGAUCUAGCGUCGCUAUGGCCCGACAGGUAAGAUGUAAAUUGGUUGAUCAAAGGUAUUGUCAGGUUUGCGGCAACUACAGGAUGUGAGGUGCGGGUAAUGGUAGGAGCAUAUGAUACCUAAUUAUUGGUGUGUCUUGGGGCGGUGCGUGUGGGUUGCGUGUUAGUAGCACAGUACUUCGUAUUCAUAGUGUGUU